CUUCCUUUCCCAAUAAUCCCACUCGAUCAGCCAUGGCUGCCGGAGAACGGAUCGCGUUGUCCCGUCCUUUGCAGCAGGGCCUCUCCGUGGUCGUUGUGGUCGUUCUCGCCGUAAUAGCCGCGGCCGCCGCCUUCGUGCCGCUAGCAGCCGCCGCUCGCGCCAUUCCCGACGCCAAUAGGCCUCCCAAGGAACCUUCCACGAGCCUUCGAUCGUUUCAGAGUCGCCCCAGCAAUCAAGAUCCCAGUCUCGGCAAUCCCGACUCGCCUCAAAGCCGACCAAUCAGGUAUCUCGCGCGGAGCCCCGUGGACGCGGAGGAGGCGGAAAACGAAGCGGAGCUCCCGCCCGGGGAGGGCGGGGAAGGCCCCGCGGACGCGGGGUUGGCGGAAGAAUCGGAGGGCGCGGCGGAUGGGGAGGGGGCCGCGGAAGCGGAGAUAGAUCCCCCUCGAAAAACAGUCAGCAAGAAGAAGAAAAAAGUUGUGGAUGAUCUGGGCACGGGGGGAGAAGACGACUUGGGGGAGAGUGGUGGGGCGACUGGUAAGGGGGCUGGGGUGGUGGGGGAGGAGGCAGAGGAGGCAGAGGAAGCAGCAGGUGAAACAGCCACGGGGAAAGCUGCAGCAGGGAAGGCAAGUGCAGCCGACGCAGCAGCAGCAGACGCAGCAGCAGAAGCAGCAGGCGGGUUAGCAGGUACUGGGAUUGGGAGCACGCGCAAGACAGCAGCAGAGCGAGGCGCGGAGGCGAGGGCAGAGGCGGGAGGAGAGGGGGAGGGGAGUAUAGGUGGGGAAGGGGCAGGGGAGGCGGUAGGCAAGCCCAUAGAGCAGCCAGCAUUGGAGGAGGAAGGGGAUGGUCGUCUAGGGGGGGUUGCAGGAGAGAUCUCAGGAAAGGGUGCAGGGGAGGGUGGUGGGGAGGGUGGGGGGGAAGCGGUUGGAGAGGGGGGUGGGGAGGAGGACGAGGCAGCGGCAGUGGAUGACCAGCCAUGGGCGGAGGGGAAGGGAAAAGGGGGGGCGGACGAGGCAGGGGGAGAGGCAGCGUUUGGUGGGGAAGGGGGUGGUGCUGGUGGUGGUGCUGGUGGUGCUGCUGGUGGUGGUGCUGCUGGUGGUGCUGGUGGUGGUGCUGCUGGUGGAAAGAGUGAGGCCCAAGGGCCGCCUUCUGGUAACCCGAGUACCACACCUGGAACCACCAUCCCCCCCAGCAGCAGCAACACCAGUCCUCCCAGCAGCAGCAGCGGUGGUUCUCUCUACCUGACCAUCGAGCGAGCCCUCAUUCAGCUCUUAAAGCCCCUCAUCAUCACCACAAUGACCACCAUCUACCCCUUUGUCGGCGAAGCAAACGCGGAAACUGUCGCAGUUUACCUCGUGCUAGGGGGAUUUACCCUCGCGGUCCUCGUCUCCUUGGUCUGCCUCAUCGCCUGCUGCUGCUGCUGCAAGGGCGGGGCGAGGCACGGGGAGGGGCCGUCUUAUGAAAGCGUGGCGGGGGGGGAGGUGGAUAUGGGGACGGGGUUUGGAAGCAAGGGGGGUGCGAGCGGGGGUAGGGCGUCGGACGGGCAGUGGGAUUGGGACGAGGAGGAGGGGGGGGAUGAUGAUUGGGAGAGGGCAGGGAGGGAGAAGGGAGGAGGAGGAGGAGGGAGGAGUGCAAUGGAGGUCGAGGUUCGAUCGCCUACUAGUAGUUCGUUGAAGCUGGGUGGAGGGGCUAAAUCUCCCUUUGGUGCUGCUGCUGGUGGCGGCAGUGGCAGUGGCAGCAGCAGUGGCAAGCCUUUGAUUGUAAAGCAGACUGUCAGCCCAGUCGCUGCUACUGCCACUGCUGCUGCUUUUGUUUCUGCUGCUCCUGCUCCUGUUACUGCAGGAAUCGGUGAUGGCAUCGGUGUUACCAGUGCGGUUACCGGCGUCAGUAGCAGCGGUGUUACCAGCACUAACAGCGGCAGUACGAGCAGCAAGAAGCCUGCCAGAACAGGAUGGCUAGACGAGGAAGAGAAUGGGGAGGAGGAAGAGGACAUUGGAUGGGGGGAGCUGGGAUCCUCUCUAGGGUUUGGGGGGAGUGCGUCAGGCAGCAAGAAGGGCGGGAAGGGAGGUGCCAGUAAGGGUGGGGCUUCAGCCAAGAAAAAGCAGACGAGCAAGCUGGUCGUCGCCAAGGGGAAGAGCAGUGGAGGGGAGGAAGAUGAUGGGUGGGACUUCGAUUUGUAACGGUUGCGUCCUAAGGAAUUGUAACAGCAGCUUGGAAUGAAACCUUUUUUGUUACAUGUGAAGUGAACCUAUUGGAUGCGAUCUAUACUGUAGGAGCUUGUGAGAAUGUAGAUUACCCUAAGUUAGCUAUGGAGUAGCUGCGU